UUUUGUAUUGCAAUAUUAAUUCAGUAAUAUAAAAAUUUGAUUGUUUAUGAAAAUUGUGAGUGUGUGUGUGUGUAAGAGUUAAUGACAAAAAUUGUUGACACAACAUCCACCGGAAAAACAUAUACGAGCAUUACAGGAUAUACACCCUUCUUUUUUUUCGACUGAUGGUAGACUUUGAACAACCAAAACAAAAGACUUUACAUCAAAACCUCACAAUAAAGUGAAGUCAACUUACUCUAUUUCAACGCAAACAGGUAAAGGAAAAAUACCUGCCAACGAUAACAACAUCUGUGAAUUGCAAGAAAAGCAUUGCACAUACCUGCAACAAUACAAGUUGCAACAAAGCCUAUACAAGAAGCCAAUUCAACUAAAACCAAACUACAAAGAUCUAUUCCACAAUUACCAACUUGGACUAUACACGCACUUUGUCCAGACUUCUAGUUACAAGCAAACUUCUUUAGUCAUUCAAAACCGGCUUGAAAUAUAUUUUACUUUUUGUCUAUAGUGGUUCCCCAGAUCUUUGUUAAUUUGAAAGAAAAAAAAACUACGUCAUUGAUCCGGAUAAUUAGUAUCUAGGUACACGCGCACUCAACGAAUAUUUACUCUAAUCACUAAAAUAAUAGGUACCUAUCAUUAUUUAAAUUAUCAAUCAACUUAACAUGCAGCGUGCGCCUGUUUUAUAAGCUACAAAACAAAAGUUCACACGUUCCCGGACUUGGGAAAAGUCGAAACAAAAACAAUUACCAAAGUUAUCAGUGAGACAAAAAAAGUAAAUAAGACACUAAUCCACAAUGAAAUCUAGAAUUUAGUUCAAUGCUGAUCAAUUUAAAUACAAAGAUUGAAACUAUCUAUACAUUUACAUCAUAAGACAAAAAAAAACAACACAAAACAGUACAAAAGCCAAUAGACCCUCAAUAGUCUUUAUAUUUACCUAAAUCCCUAAUAAAUUGAUUGUGCAUAUCAAAUCAAAAAUACAAAGCAAAUACUAUCCCACACAAAAUGUGACAAUAAUAAUUUAAUAACACAGUCAUAGUUUUUUAUUAAUUUAUUAAAACAAUUUUAUAAUCAUUCUUCAAAAUACUCAAAUUGAUACUAAACUGAUUCACUCAAUUCUGCAGUGUGAUGAGGUGUCUUUCCACUCGAAAGAGAUCUCACGGAAAAUCGUCGGUCCCACAUAAUAUAUUUACCACAAAUACAAACAAACAAAAAACUAAAAGAUAUUUUGAAAUUCACCACACCAUCAGAUACAAAAUCCAAAGAAAACCCAAAACACUGAGUUAGGAAAAUAUAUCACCAUCACCAUAAGCGCACCUUUUUCCAUGCUCUUUUACUCUCCGCGUUUCUCUUAGGCACUCCGAAAUGCUCCUAAAGAGAUAUCCACAAAACUUAAAGAGCAAAAAAUAGAGCGCACAGAUACAUUUUUUACAAAGAAAGAAAAACGAUCUUCGCGUCGAUUGAAAACGAAAUAUACCCAACGCUCCGGAGAUUCACAAAGUUCAUACAGACAGUCGGAGACGCUCGCUUGUAUGUCUUUAUUUAUAAAUAAAUAAUUUUUUUGCAGUCUCGCGAUAUAUAUUUCUUGAGGGAAAUUGCUUGAAAAACGAACAGUUGUGACUACAACGCUCAAGAGUGAAGAUCUGUUUCGCUUCGCGGAUUCUAACAAUCAGACAAAAUAAAAAAAAAACAAGAAAUACAAAAGUUCGGCUUAUUUGAAAAAAGAUACACACUCUUUGCGGAAGAUACAAUUUAACACAUUUUUCAAUUUCGACAAACAAAACUAACUAAAAACUAAACAUUGAAAAAAGAUCUAAAAACUCGGUACGGUUUCAUCGUGUAUAUAAAUAGAAACAUAAAAUAUUUUAACUGAAGAUCGUCUAGUGACUUAAAGAUACAAAAGAAACAAAAAAAAAAACAAGUAUCUUGUAGAUACAAGACGUUGUCCUAAAUAAAAAUCUCGGUUCGAAUGCAACAGAAAAUCACGAUCAUACGAUCAUACCUCUAUACCUGCUUUAUCGAUCGACAGAGUUAAAACUAGUGUUGAAAUUUUUGUAUUUUAUUUUACAAAUAAAGUGAAUAGCUAAUGAAGGUGAUGAUGAUUAUUAUUAUUAACAAAAAUUAAUCACAUGUAUUUUAAUUUUAAUGAAAAAUUAACUUAAAAAAGACGAAGAAAAAUCGAAAGAGAGAACAAAUAAAAAAAACUAACCAAACCAGUGCCAAUUUUUAACCAAAUAAGAAAAAGUAAGAAAAAAUAAGAAGUGAUCAAAAGUGAUCUUGAGUGUAAAUUUCGUGCAAAAUAAAAAAUGUCCACAAGUUGGGCUCGAAAAAUUAAACAACUAAUGCGAAUAAAUAUAUUAAAUAUAGUAUCGUCAUAUGCAGUGAUUUCACAGAUACAUUAUUAAGAUACUUAACAUUAAAACUUCAAAAGUUUAUAUCGGGUUGAAUUAAAAAUUGUGAAAAAAAUAAAAUAUUAUAAAACCCGGAAAUAAUAUACCAACCAACCAAAAAAGAAUCUCAUAAACAAAAAGAGAAAUCCAAAGACAAAAAUCAAAAAUCAAAAAAUAUUCAUCGAAAAAAUAAAAAAAAAAACAUCAUAUUUAUAGCCAAUAUUAAAAAGUAGUAUUAUUAUGUACAAAUAUGGCAAUAGACUUUUUAAUUUUUGGUUUACUCUUGAUAUCGUUCACAAUAAAUCUGCUGGCAUUAGGUGCAUUCUGGGUGACACCAGGGUUACGAACAACGGCUAAUCGUUUUGUAAUAAAUUUAUUAAUUAUUAAUUUAAUUGGUUGUUGUAUAUUAGCACCUACAUUAUUUUUAACUGGAAAUAUGUCGGCGGCCACAGUGCAAACAGUAGAUGAUAGCUCAGAUAUCAUCACAACAAAAGGAAGUCCUACUGAUUAUCAUCGAUUGACCAUACACAGAAAUCAGAUGAAUGCAGAGGAAGUGACAAUUGAUGAGGAGGCGGUUCGAAAUGGUAGCGAACUUUCGGAGACAAUAUUCAAGUGCAAUUCAAGCUAUUGUGAACAGCUGACAAUUGACGACGAAAGAUGGAGACAAAUUGUGAUAACCCAAAUCGAUGGGAAGACGUACAAUAAUGUGAUAGUAGAUCCUAGUGUCCGAACUAGAGAUAAGCCUAGAAUAGUGGAGUCUACAUCAAUGAUGCGGUGUUGGUCGAUUGACCUGGCAGCGGCAUUGGGAGCGUUAUCGGUGCUCUUGGUAGUCGGCGAUACAUGGAUGGCUGUGACAGAUCCGCUGCGUUAUCACAGUCGCAUAUCGGGAGUGAAGGCGUGGGUUCUGAUCGCUAUGACCUGGGCCUUGGGAAUUCUCUUCGGAGUGAUGUCAGCCUUUAGGGAGAUCAACUUUGAGUAUACAACAGUGAUUGGAAAGCAGAAACGAUACGCUCUACCGGAACAGGUAGAGGUGUUUAGUAUGACAACGAGCACAAUAUUCAGUAUGAUCUUUGCGAGUAUUUACUUCAUUGUGAUUAUCCUACUGCCAUUUGGAUUUGUCUGUGGUAUGUACUGGAGAAUAUUCUCAGAAGCCAAAGAAAAUGGCCUGAGAAUCCGUCAGAAUGGUUCAUCGCCAUUGCUUCAGAGUGCAACUAACCUUUCCCACAGUCAUAAUCAGGGAAAUACACAUUUGCUGGUGCAGCGGAAUUCCAUAUCGGGGGCAUCGACAAAUGGUGGUUUGCACAUGCAGAUCGAUCAUAAAAGAAACCGGAGGGAGUCAACAGUGACGAUCGCUGAAACCGAGAAACCCAUGAGACGAAAUUCGUCUACACCACCUCUACCUCCAACGACAGCGACAGCGGCCCUAGCUCCUCUAUCCGAGCCCGAAAAAACUUCGAUUGGAGAAAGAAAUCCAACGAGCAUAUUGUUAACUUUGUCAAGUGCCAGUGGAGAAAUCAAGCGAAACUACUCAGUACGUCAGUUGCCCCUACUCGGACGAUCUUCUCAGGAUCUUUUAGCAGCUGACAGACUUCAUGCCAUUCGCCAGAUACACUCCACACCAAAUCUCCAAAAGUACAACCAGGGACAUCGGAACUCCUUGACCGGUUUCGAUGCAGCUUCCCGCCAGCGUUAUGUGCCUCAUCAGGCUCUACAAAUCCCAACAAUCCAUGCCUCGCCAAAGGCUCUCAGCUACAUGACAUCCAUUCGACACCGGCUCUCGAAUGCUUCAUCGCUUUUCAAGUAUCGCGAUGAGUCGCGUGCCGCUCGCAUCAGUAUUCUAGUCGUUAUUAUGUUUCUUGUAUCCUACCUGCCCUAUGGCCUCCUGGUAUUACUCCAAGGACGUCUAAUCGAUAACUUUCCUCACUCAACUCAGCUAGCAGUCUUUAUGAUUCUACUUGCCAAUCUCACUUCACCGUUUAUCUUCGCUUAUAGGAAUAAGCGCGUUCGCCGUGGCGUCACUCGCCUCUUCGGCUUGGAUGCCCGUUCCCGAGAGCGUCGCUUACAACGUGGUAAAGGUGGCUUCCUUCGCUAUGGCACCAAAGCCAGUAUUAGUGUUAAACGUAGCAGUAGCAAAGUGUCUUCAUAUUCAAUGAACUCAUGUAAAUAUCUAACACCAAUUCUUAGGCACACAAAUAAUAGUUUAAAAAAUAGUAGUUACACUAAUGAAGCUAAGAAAAACUCAAAAACAUCAGAUACAUUCCUAACGAAUGCGGCAGCGGUUAAUUGGUUUCAAAAUUCAUCGAUCCAAAAGAGCACCAUUUUGGAGAACAUCGUUGUCGACACCACAGUUCACAUCCAACCUGAGGACGGCGUCGACGAGAAAUGUUCUAUUUUCAAAAUGUUCUGCCAGAGUUCGCGUAAUUUAAGUUGUGCCACACAAUCCUGCACAGCAGAACCAACGGAAGUUUAGUAAGAACUUACAAAAACA